AUGGUUUGCGCCCCCGACUCGCCCGACGCCAAGGCUGGCUCCGGCCAGGAGGCUACCACGCCUACUCCUGGUAGUCCCGAAAGCCUAGCUGCGACCACGCCCGCCAGCCACUUCGAUCGCCCUGCGAAUCCGACCCCCGACGGUUCCAAGAACAAGGGCAAGUAUGUCGUGGCUCCUCCCGUCACUCCCAAGAACCCCGAGAGCCGAUCUUUCCUCUCGCCCGGCCAGCCCAGCACUGUUUCGUCUCUCACUCCGCGCAGCAUCAACGUUCGCCAGGUCGCUACCUCUCUCGACGGCGUGGUCUUUAACUUUAGUGGGCGCGAGACUCCUAGCGUCGUGUCUACCUUUAGUGCGCGCGAGCCCCCUAGCAUCGCGUCUGCCUUCGAGUCCUGGGAGAACGCGAUCAACUUCCGCCAGGGCGAUGGCCUCCAGCUUGCUAGCCCCAGCGGCAGCAACCGAACCGUCGUCACUCAUCAUCGUCAGGGUUCGACCGGCAUCCGAUCUUGGUACACGAUUCCCGACUCAGAUGACUACGACGUCGAGCAGCAGCCACUUCUCAGCGACGGUCCUCUAUCCUUGACGGUGCCCCAGCGCCACGACUACGACUACGGCACACUCCCUCAUGUCACACACGCAGACAUCCAUCCCAACUUCUGGGACUGCUUCUCCGAGGCCGAGAUGUUGGUCAUCUGCGCCCUUCUCACUGCAACCGUCUGGUGUUUCAUCUGGACUAUCAUCGGUGCCCUCGCACAAUACUGA